AGGAUUUUCCUGCCAUUAAAUCUGGAGAAAGAAAAAUAAGCACUCAAACCUGCCCAAGCAACUAUUCCUCUUCACCCCUCGCUCCCGUCCCCGCACCCCCACCUCCACUUCUCUCUCAGACCAUUUUCAGCCUCUGUGGCUGCCUGACUUGGGAGAUGGAUGGGCUGGGGGAGUGGAGGGUUGCCUUAACGGAGCGGGACCAGGCAGACUCCCAGGACGGUAAGCAACCUUUGAGGACCAUUCACUAACACUUCUCUGCAGAGGUUUCCUCUCCGUCCAUUUCCUUGCUGGGUUGUGAGUGAUGCCAUCUGAGUUGCUGUCAGGCUGUAGCCUGAUGAAGGGUUUCCUGAUAGAUCCAUCCAUUCGCGGGUAGUUUCUGAUUGUCUGUCAUUACUGGUUUCUCUUAGCUCAACACCUGGGUGGUUGAGGAUGAAGGAAUGUGAGGAAGAAAGAAAGGGAGGGCAUUCAGGAGGAAGUGUAGCGGCAUGGAGGGUUCUCACGGGGCCCUCCUGGGCACUGGGUGACCUGUCCUUUCUCCCCUCAGGUAGGGAUCCCAUGGCUGGGUGGUCCUAGGCCGCCGGGUGUAUGAAGGGCCGAGGGAUGCUGGUUCUGCUUCUGCAUGCGGUGGUCCUUGGCCUGCCCAGCGCCCAGGCCAUGGGGGCCUGCGCGCGCGCCUGCCCGUCCGCCUGCGCCUGCAGCACCAUGGAGCGCGGCUGCUCCGUGCGUUGCGACCGCGCCGGCCUCCUGCGGGUGCCGGCCGAGUUCCCGUGCGAAGCGGUCUCCAUUGACCUGGACCGGAACGGCCUGCGCUUCCUGGGCGAGCGGGCCUUUGGCACACUGCCGUCCCUGCGCCGCCUGUCGCUGCGCCACAACAACCUGUCCUUCAUCACGCCCGGCGCCUUCAAGGGUCUGCCACGUCUGGCCGAGCUGCGCCUGGCGCACAACGGAGAUCUGCGCUACCUGCACGCGCGCACCUUCGUGGCGCUCAGCCGCCUGCGCCGCCUGGACUUGGCCGCCUGCCGCCUCUUCAGCGUGCCCGAGCGCCUCCUGGCCGAGCUGCCGGCCCUGCGCGAGCUCUCGGCCUUUGACAACUUGUUCCGCCGCGUGCCAGGCGCGCUGCGCGGCCUGACCAACCUGACGCACGCGCACCUGGAACGCGGCCGCAUCGAGGCGGUCGCCUCCAGCUCGCUGCAGGGCCUGCGUCGCCUGCGCUCGCUCAGCCUGCAGGCCAACCGCGUCCGCGUCGUGCACGCCGGCGCCUUCAGGGACUGCAGCGUCCUGGAGCACCUGCUGCUCAAUGACAAUUUGCUGGCUGAACUCCCGGCUGAUGCCUUCGGCGGCCUGCGGCGCCUGCACACGCUCAACCUGGGUGGCAACGCGCUGGACCACGUGGCGCGCGCCUGGUUCGCUGACCUGGUGGAGCUUGAGCUGCUCUACCUAGAUCGCAACAGCAUCGCCUUCGUGGAGGAGGGCGCCUUCCAGAACCUCUCAGGCCUCCUUGCCCUGCACCUCAACGGCAACCGCCUCACCGUGCUCGCCUGGGCCGCUUUCCAGCCUGGCUUCUUCUUGGGCCGCCUCUUCCUCUUCCGUAACCCGUGGUGCUGCGACUGCCGCCUGGAGUGGCUGCGGGACUGGAUGGAGGGCUCCGGGCGUGUCACUGACGUGCCAUGCACCUCCCCGGGCUCCGUGGCAGGUCUGGACCUCAGCCAGGUGGCCUUCGGGCGCUCCUCCGAUGGCGUCUGUGUGGACCCCAAGGAGCUGAACCUCACCACGUCCAGUCCAGGUCCGUCCCCAGAACCAGCGGCCACCACCGUGAGCAGGUUCAGCAGCCUCCUCUCCAAGCUGCUGGCCCCUAGGGUCCCGGUGGAAGAGAUGGCCAACACCACUGGGGGGCUGGCCAACGCCUCCCUGUCCGACAGCCUCUCCUUCGGUGGGGUGGGAGGAGUGGGCAGGCAGCCCGGGUUUCUCCUCGCUUCUUGUCUCCUGCUCAGCGUGGUCCAGCACACAGCGUGGUCCAGCACGUAGUGUUUUGCCUACAGACGGACUGACCUGGCCAGAGGGGGAAAGUUUGCUUAACUAGGCUUGAGGGUGUUUGUGGUAAGGGAGAGGGAUGGGGGGCAGAGAUGAAAAUCCCAGUGGAGGAUGGUAGGAGCAGAUUGCCUCCAGAGAUGGCCCCAGGGAGAACACAGGGACGUGCCACUCGAGAGGGGAGGAUGGUAUGGAUUUCUGCUCUUGUCACAUGGGCAUCCACUGGAAAAGAGAAGCAAGAAUGAACAUGGGACUUCAAGUGAGAAGACUAGGAAUCCGAAGCUUCUAGGGCUUCAUACCCUCUCCCCUUCCCUUCCCCCAUCUUCCAGGGAACAGUGCCUGCAAGGCCUGAAUUAGAGAGACAUCCAUUUGCUAAGUAGUUAAGAGCUGGGCCAAUUCUCCUGGCGGGGUAACUCUUUAUACUCAAGUCCUUUGUUUUCGACCACAAUCCUCCUCCUCCUCCCCAGGGGCCUGGGGACACUAGGAUUCAGGAAGGUGGGCAGGACAUGAGAGAAGGGAGAUGGGAGGGAGACUUAAGACAAGGGGCGGCGGUGGUUCCUGGGGUCUGAGAUGUACGAGGAGGUGUUUAAAACAAAGAUCCAAUUCAUUUACUCCACAGUUAUUCCCAGGGGUGGCCCCAGCCACAAAGGAACUUUAGGGGAAGGGUAGGGGAAAAGGGGCAGCAGGGGGUGUUUGUGGACAAAUACAUUUGUAAAAUCCGAGGAUUAAAAAAAAAAAAAAGGUUAAACCGGUUUCUCUAGUGCUGGACUUUUCAGAGUCUUUCAUAUGCUAACAUGUAUUGUGAAUCUCCCUGGAGGCCACACAAUCCUUUUUUCUUAGGGUUUUGUGGGAAGAAUGUCCGGAAGACACAGGGAGCGGGGCAGGGAGGCUCCAGCUUGGAUGAUUCCAUUAGGUGUGGAAAUCAUUAUGGGCUGCACACUUCAGGGCUGACUAAUGGCCAAGAGGGAAGGAGGCAGCCAGUAGCUGGGAAAGGGGAUUUAGAGCUUUCUCAGGUUGGGGGUUGGCCAACUGUAUUCCCCGACUGCAAGGGCAAAGGCCAGCCAGGCCUGCAGCGAGCAUGCGUGGCCUCUGGGUGUGCUGUGCCUCAGGGCGGGGCUACCAAAUCCCACCUAGGGGCCCUACCAAACCCAGCUUUUUUCAGGGUUGCGGUGGGAACAAAUGGCAUUUGACUGUUUUGUCCGCCUCAGGAUCAGCAGCUCCUUUAGCAUAGACUCCAAGAAAAAGGCUUUGCAGGCUGAAUUGCAAAUGCAGGUUCUGCUGGCCUGCCGUGCCCAUCUCUGUGGUUUGCAGCAGAACCGUUCUGAGCUGGUCACAACAGGCACGGAUUCCUGCCGGACUAUGAGGCAGUCAAGUCAAGAAAAGUGCAUAUGCUGCUCACCACUAACCCAAGAACCCAAGCUGUUCUCUACACACGAGUGCUAUGACUGCAUUUGUCAACAUUCUGGAAAUUGUAAUCUUUUUAAUGUCCACUCUAUUUGAAGAGAUGGGUUUUGAAAACCGACACGAAGGCUGGCACAGUGGCUCACCCCUGUUAAUCCUAGCACUUUGAGAGGUGGCGGUGGGUGGAUCAUGAGGUCAGGAGUUCGAGACUGGCCCGGCCAACUGAAACUCGGUCUCUACUAAAAAUACAAAAAUUUGCCAGGCAUGGUGGUGCACGCCUGUAGUCCCAUCUACUCGGGAGGCUAAGACAGGAGAAUCACUUGAACCCAGGAGGCAGAGGUUGUGGUGAGCCGAGAUCACACUACUGCACUCCAGCCUGGGCAACAGAGUAAGACUCCAUCUCAGAAAGAAAAAAAGAAAAAAAACCACAUGAAUUCAGGGUGCGCCAAGCUGUCACUUCUUCUUCUUUUUUUUUUUUUUUUAGUUUCACUCUUGUUGCCCAGGGUGGAGUGCAGUGGCUUGAUCUCGGCUCACUGCAACCUCUGCCUUCAGGUUCAAGAGAUUCUCCUGCCUCAGCCUCCCGAGUAGCUGGGAUUACAGGCAUGCACCACCAUACCCGGCUAAGUUUGUAUUUUUAGUAGAGACGGGGUUUCUCCAUGUUGGUCAGGCUGGUCUUGAACUCCCAACCUCAGGUGAUCUGCCCGCCUUGACCUCCCAAAGUGCUGGGAUUACAGGCGUGAGCUACUGCGCCUGGCCAAGCUGUCACUUCUUCAUGGUGACACUCCUGUGUCUCUGUUUAAUACUAAGUAUUGGAAAUGUUGCACGAAAUACUGCUGAGGACAGGUGUAUUCAAAUGUUUCAACCACUAAUGGUCAUCAACUCAAUGGGUUUUAAAGUUUUAAAAAACCAAACCGGGCACAGUGACUCAUGCCUGUGAUCCCAGUGCUUUGGGAAGCUGAGGCAGGAGGAUCGCUUAAACCCAGGAGUUCAAGACCAGUGUGGGCAACAUGGUGAGACCCCAUCUCUACAAAAAAACAAAAACAAAAACAAAAAAUUAGUGGGGCAAGGUGUUGAGUACCAAUAGUCCCAGCUAUGCAGGAGACUGAGGUGGGAAGAUGUCUUGAGCCCAGGAAGUUGAGGCUGCAGUGCGCUGUGUUCACACCACUGCACUCCAGCCUGGGUGACAGAGCAAGGCCCUGUCUGGGAAAAAAAAAAAGAAAAGAAAAAAUUUUUUAAACAGCAUUAAAAAAAAAAAGUCGCAGAGCAUCAUGUAAUAUUGUAAGACUAAGUAUUGUUUUGUGAAACUUUUUAAUAUAUGUGCAUUCGUUCAAAUUAUACAUGUAUGUGUGUGUAUAUGGGGUUACAAACCCAGUUUAUAUUUUAUUGUGGGUUAUAGUCAAAAUUUGAAAGCCACUGAUCUGAAGCGUGUGAUAUUUAUUUUGAAAAAUUUCAAACCUACAGAAAAGUUGCAAGAAUGAACGCGUUGGCCAUUCACCUAGGUUUCCCAAUUGUUGACAUUUUACCAUAUUUGCUUUCUCUCUCUCUUUCCAUUUUAUUAUUAUUUCUUACUAACAGUUUGAGUAAGUUGCAAACGUCAUGACCCUUUGAGCCCAGGAAUUUGAGGUACAGUGAGCUAUGAUUGCGCCACAGCACUCCAGCCUGGGCCACAGAACAAGACCUCUUCUCUUAGAAAAAAAAGAUUCACUCUAUAUUGAAAUUUUAACAGUUAUCAAAAUUAUUAAGCAGUCAUUCUUUUUCCCAUGGGUGAACAAUGAGAUUUCUAGGUUAUGGCUUCCUUUGGUCACAAUACUCAAAACUAGAAACCUGUUGAUUGAUUGUAAUGUUUCAAAGUGAAUUUGUUCUCCAAAUGUCUUACUUUUGAAAAGUGAGAAUCAGAUGAGGGCAGAAAUGCUGUUUGCUCAAACCGAGUGCUGUGGCCAUGGUAACUGAGUAAGAAUCAUGAGAAUCCUGGAGACCAGAUCCCUGCAUUGAGGUAUCCAUGGAAGCCCACGGCAGACAUGCAGCCUGGGUUACUGAGGAACGAGGUGCUACCUUGAGAGGAAUGUACUUCCUGUCAUUUGUCGCGGGUUUGUGAGAGUCAGCCUCAAAAUGCUGCUUCAGUUCUGCCUGGGUGGUUAGAUGGCCAGCUUUUUAAUGGACAUUUGUUUGGCUGAAUGUUUUUGAACGAGUAUCAGCAUUAAAAUAGCCUCCAGGGAAACAGGUUUUUAUAGAGCUACCCAGCCCAGAAGAAUUCUGGGAACGUGGGAGCUACAUACUGCCAAACAGACCCAGAAUUGCCUGGAAUGAGUUCCUGGUGAAUUUGUGGCUGUUAUGAGCUCUCCUGAGAAAACAGGGAGCAAAGAGUUCCCAUUUUGAGUUCAUUUAGGCUCUCACCCCAUCACUGGCUACUUGGUAUCUUAAGUAAAUGUAGGUACCAUAGAUUCUGUUGAGCAAAACUAUAUGUACCAGUCAGGAUGGGCCAUGUUAUGCCUUGGUAACAUAUAACUCCCAAAGCUCAGUGGCUUAUGGAGAUUUAUUUCUUGCUCAUGCUACCUGUCCACUGUAGGAUCAUUAGUGGGGCUCUGCUCAGUGUAGCCAUUCAGGGACCCAGGCUGACAAAGGAUACACCAUCUUAGGACAUUGUUAUCCAAAUAUGAGGCUCUAAGGUUUGCCACGGAAGAGAGAGCUUGGGAGAGUUAUGUGUCACUGUUAAAUGCCUCCACCCAGAUGUGACACAUAUUGCUACUUGCAUCACAUUGACUAAAAAGGUCACAUAGCCAGACUUAACUUCACUGAGACAAGGAAGCAUGGUUCCCCUGUGCACCCAGGAGAGGGGAACUGGGAAUAUCAGUGAACACUAGUAAUGCUCCAGGCUGGAUGUGGUGGCUCAUGCCUGUAACCCCAGCACUUCAGGAGGCUGAGGCAGGAGGAUCACUUGAGGCCUAGGCAACAUAGUGAGGCCCCGUCUCUACAAAAAAUAGAAAAAUUAGCUAGGCGUGGUGACACAUGCUUAUAGUCCCAGCUACUAGGGAGGCUGGGGUGGGAGGAUCACUUGAGUCCAGGAGUUUGAGGCUGCAGCAAUCUAUGAUAAUGUUAAGAGUAGGUAGUCAGACACGAGCAGGGCAGGAGAGGGCCCUCCCCUUACCAGGAAUGGCAGGUGACCAUCAGGUGAUGGGCAGGGAGUUGUUAGGUGUGGCUCUCAAAUAAUUUGUCACAGCUGGUGCCAGGGAGCGGCAAGCUGCUGAUAGAAAACACCUGAAACUGGUGAUCAGCAGCCUCGCUAUAAGAUCUCAGGAGCUGGCCAAGUGGACUCAAACAUGCACACAAAAUGGCAAAAUGGCAGAGUUUAACCUUCCUCUAGGAACACUGGAUUGGUAAGGGAAAAAUGUGUCAAGUAGCAUGUGCAUGACUCUAGUAAAUGCGCUGUGCAUGCAUCUCCUCCCAAGUCCUGGCAGGCCACUGGGCAUGCAGACAGCUAAGCCCAAGGGAAGACUCAAGGGAGAAAUAAAGCAACCCUGGAGGUAUGCCAACGUAGAAAACCCCAAGUCAAAGGUCACACCAUGCCCUUGAAUCUCUCAAGUUGCCUGCUUGGCCCUCUUCCAAGUCUACUUUACUUCCUUUUGUU